CGAAUGCUCCUUCACCGUCAUCGCGAGAGGAGAAGCGACGAUCUAACCCUUGGUAUUGGACUGAGAGUAGGUAAUGGGGAAGAGUGGCAUGUAUACAAGAGUUGCAGACGCCCCAGAGGGUGAAGAGCCUCUGUCAUUGCCUCUCGCCUCACAGAAGCAGCGCAUGACAAAACGCUCCCUAUUUGGUCUUCAAAUACUCCUAUUCAUCGGUGCUGUUACAUUCUUCGUUAUGCUAUACAAAUCCUUCGCUUUUGGCACUGUCAUCGGAUGUGCUGGUGGAGCUGGUGUCUCUUCUUCGAGGACUUCUUCGGGCAUUCCGCAGUAUUACCAGACGAAGCCAGAGCUGUUUGCAGGCCCAACUCCGACUGGCAUCGCUCCUUUCUUAGCACAAACCAAUCCUGCUCCCUUUGUGGGCACAUCUUACGUCCCGAGUAGUCCUUUGGAGACACAGGUCCCUAUCGCUGGCAGCAAUGGCUCCAAUAUUUUCCAACGUAUGGGUCAACUUUCGCCUUACUUCCCCAAUCCUGUUGGGUUCGGCGUAGACGAAUACUCGCUACCUCCUGGAGCCGAGAUUGUCCAACUGAACAUGCUGUCACGUCAUGGGUCUAGAUAUCCUACGACAGGGUCCGGCGCUAACAAGUUCGGUCUAAAGCACGAGAACAAGACUGGAGAUGCGAAGUACACUGGCGAGCUCUCUUUCCUCAGCGACUGGAGCUAUCAGUUGGGUGCUGAGAUCCUGGUUCCCAUCGGCAAGCAGGAGCUCUUCAACUCGGGUACUCUUCACUACUACCAGUAUGGCCAUCUUUAUCCCAACAACGGCUCCAAGAUCAUUGCCAGAAGUACGACUCAAGAUCGCAUGACCAAGUCUGCAGAGUACUUCCUAGCUGGUUUCUUUGGACUCGAGUGGCCUACUAAUGCUACACUGGUGCUUGCCAUCGAGGAGCCCAAUGGCGUUUGGAACACCUCAUUGGCCGGCUACUACAACUGCGAUAAUAGCAACAACUUCCGCAGCGCUGGUGGUAAUAACGCUACAGUCGAGUGGUAUACCAAGUAUCUUGCCGAUGCUACCGCACGUCUUCAGAAGUUUGCACCAGGCUUCAACUGGACAGUCGAGGACUCGUAUAAUGCACAAUCUCUGUGUGCAUACGAAACAGUGGCCUAUGGAUUCUCUCAAUUCUGUGGUCUCUUCACAUAUGAGGAGUGGGAAGGAUACGAGUACAGUAUCGAUAUCCAAUUCGCUGGAGGCAAUGGCUUCCAAUCGCCAACUGGUCGUGCUAUCGGUAUCGGAUAUGUGCAAGAGAUCUUGGCUCGUCUCCAGCAUCACACGAUCAAUUCUCCAAUUGCACAGAUCAACGUUACCUUGGAUAGCAACACAGAGACGUUCCCUCUUGACCAAAGCCUCAACUUUGACUUCUCACAUGAUACUAACAUCAUGAGUAUCUUGACUGCUUUUGGCUUUACUCAGUUUGCUCAGUUCUUGCCUUCUGAUCGCAUUAUUCCUCACGAGUUGGUAGUUUCGCAUUUGGAACCAUUUGCUGCCCGCCUCGAUAUCGAGAUCGUUAAUGCUCCUUCUCCAGUCAAGGCCUCGCGUAAGAACGAGGACCUCUACGAAGAGGGCAAAGCGACCAAAUACAUUCACUUCAUCCUCAACCAGCGUACCAUCCCUCUGCAUCGCAGCUUCCCCGAAUGUCCAGAGCGUGACGAUGGUUGGUGCGAACUCGACACUUUCCUCGCCGUGCAAAGCAAGAGUUUCGAGAUCUCACAGUAUAAUUGGAGUUGCAAUGGCGAUUAUCCUGCUGUGCCGUACGGAGGUAUCACGAAUGGGGUGCCUACGCAGUCUGGUUUAUAGAUUCAAGGACAAAACGAGCGAUAGUCUCACGCUUUAGCUAAAUAUCCCAUCAUGUACAAAAUUUAGACCAUCUCUUCAUACACCAUAUAUGCCAUCCAUCACUUUGGUC